CAGCUGUCAGCGUAGUUACAAUAUGUCAACCACCUCCCGUGUGCGGCUAAAAUUAAAUUUAACGAUAUUCAGACGCGUCAACAAGAAUAAACAAUUGGUGCUGUGUGGUGUGUUGUGUGUUGCUGCUCAUUAGUGUGCCAUCAGUUGCGAUUACGUUCCAGUACUUCCAGUUUACUCUGUCCUUACAAGUGCAAGCAUGGAACCGAUGACGCUGGGCAGUCCAAGCGGUAGUUCGCUUUCCGGCGCGACCGGUGUGGGAACUGGUUAUUUACCAUCCUUCCUGAUGGGUGAUCCACCUACCACGCCACGUCCGAAUACUCUAUCACCGACUCGCGGUCGAGCAUCGAUUGCCUACUCGCACGGAUUGAUGGGCUCACCAUCGGAAGGGCUGCGGUCCCCUACGAUGCUACACCAGCAGCAGCAGCAGCAACAACAACAACAGCAGCAUCAUCAUCAUCAACAGCUGUCUUCCUCGUUUAUGCAUCCGCAUACACCCCAAAACCAUCACGUUCCACACGCUCAGCGAUACCUGCACAAUACCCAACCGCCCCAGGCUACCAACUUGACAAACCACUUCCGAAACGAAUCGUUUGAUGCGAAUUCCAGCGUUGCCGGACCACCGACGCAAGGGUUGUUCGAUUCAUGGCGGAAGGAGAAACAGUUGAUGCAGACACCGAUCCGCGCAAAUGCCGAACGAACAUCCGGUGGAAAUGCGGCAGAUCAAUCGGCCGCACAAAACCAACAGUUCAACGAAUCGUUUCUAAACCAGAGCGGGUUCAACCUUUCGCGCGUAAUGUCACCAAUACCGAUAGCAACGGACUACAAUCGAAAUGCGAGCAUCUCUUCCUCUCCAACGCCAUCGCCCUUCGGAGGACAGCAAGCCCAAACGCAGGUACAGCAGGCCGCCAAAUCGUGCAAUUGGAUUACGGUUUUUGGAUUUCCGCAAAAUGCUGCAUCCAAAAUUCUGUCCCACUUUAUCGGCAUUGGUACGAUCCUGGAUAAACAGGCACCGUCACCGCAGAACGGGAACUGGGUACAUCUGCGCUACAGCUCGCGGUUAGAAUGUGAUCGUGCGCUCAAUUACAACGGACGCAUCAUAAGCCAGGGUUUGAUGAUCGGUGUACAGUACUGCAACGAUCCGGCCAUCAUCGGGAAAGAAAAUGAAGCAAACGAGAACGAUGCAACCCAAGCGAUUUCGUCACCGGAUAAGCCGCUUUGGCGUGUGCGAUCGCUAAUGAACAUGUCGUACACGGCGAUGCAGGACCCGCAGGCCGUCAUUUCGACACCGCCGGUACAGAAGCGCGGCACCGGUAUCGUUAACAAAGCGAUGGAUCUUUUCUUCGGUUGGUAAAACAAAGACCCGGCGGGUGUAGGAAAAAAGUGGGGUUUAAAAAAAAAGGAACAUUUGACCAAAAUCGUCUGUAGUGGAAAUCUGUCCAACAUAUAAUUUGUAAUUUUCCUUAAUAAAAUUGUAAAACGAUCGAAAAACGAA